AUCAAAAGCGCAGCUAGAGGCAAAACAAUGUCACAAAAAAGGACAUAUCCUUCAGGUGCAGUAAAAAGGAAGAAGAAGAAAGUGGAAGAGGAGAAAAAAUGCCAUGAUAAAGGAGCAUUGUUAAAAUACUUUGGAGGCACAGAAUCAGCUCAGAGCCAGUCCACAUCCUCAGGCUCAACUGUGAGUGAUGAUCAGGUCCAUCUCCAUCCUCUACAGUGCUCUCUCACACACCUCCAUCCUCUGUGCCCACUGUCCCCUCCAUGUCUGAAACCACAGCUGAUUUAUCUACAACUGCCACCACAACGUCCCCUUCACACCAUGGACCAUCAUCAGCUCCGCCAGUUGACCCAGCUGAGUGGCCUUCUUUCCUCUCAGAUUCAGACAGGACUGAGCAGGUGAUCAGAGGACCACUGUCUAUUAAGGAGAACUUUUCAUUCCCCAAACGGCAUGAUGGCCGAAGUUUUCAUUAUCAUUAUGCCUACAGACAGCUAGUCAAUGGGGAAAAAGUCAAGCGUAGCUGGCUGACUUAUUGAAGAAGUAAAGAUGCAGUCUAUUGCUUUUGCUGCAAAUUAUUUUCCAAAAAGUCCUUAAAACUGGCAGCCGAGGGACAGCGGGAUUGGGUCAACAUAGGUGCAAUAAUAAAGUGAAUCAGAAUCAGCUUUAUUGUCCAGUUAUGUUUAACACACAUGGAAUUUAACUUCAGUAGACUGCGCUCUCUUUGUACAAAGUAAACAUUAAAUAUGAACAAUUAACUAAAAAUAUAAACUAGUAAUUAAAGACUAAUAUGUACAAGACUGAUGAGACAAGAUGACACUUUUACUGUAAAUACAAAGCUUUAUCACUUGGACUGUUCAACCCCAGGCCACUCUUGUAGCUGAAUGUUUUCUACAUUUUAAGAUUAGGAACCAUAUGUGGCACUCUGGACAUCAUUCGUUCAUUCAUUGGUAUUAUUUAUGUUCUUAACUGGGCCACCCCCAUAUCUUUAUAAAUGACAUGUCAUUUGUAAAGACAUACCAGGCUGACAAUAGGAUAAUGUAAACAACACUGCCAGAGCCGCAAUGAGUUUAUAGUAGGUGUGUGAAUGAUCAACAAUCAAUAUUAUUGGCAGAAAUAGAGGGCCCCAAAAUCAAAUUUUGCUUAGGGCCCCAUGGAGGCUUGGGCCAGCACUGCUUCAACGUCCUCUACAACCUGUCGUCGCGUCC